AUGAAUCGCACCCCGAUCUAUUGCCCCGUCUGUGACGUGACCCUGCCAAUCAAUUUUGCUGGACUGGAUUUCCCGCUGAACCCAAGACACAUCCAAAGGUUUAUGGAUAUAAACCCGGAAAUUAGUAUAACGGUGUUUGGAUUCGACAACGAAAAAUCACAAGUGUUUGGGCCCUUGUUUUAUCCGAAGGAGGUACGCGAGCAUCAUAUUAAUAUGCUACUCAUAGAAAGUGACCACAGUGCUCACUAUACCUGGAUUAAGCGGUUAUCAGCGUUAAUUUCAUCGCAGACUGGAAGGCGCAAGGUGAAGCAAUGGUUCUGCAACAUUUGCUUGAAUUAUUCGCAGAGUGAGGAGGCAUCCCUACGACACAAGGAGAUAUGUAGUGGGAAGGUGUCCACACUUCCUCAUCCGAAGCAAGCACUGCUUAAGUUUAAAAAUCAGCAUCGAGCUCUUAAGGUACCGUUUGUGGUAUACGGAGACUUUGAAUGUCUUCUGGAGCCGACAAAUGUAGCAGUAAGUGCAAACACAAUAAAUGUUAAUACCCAUAUUCCAAUAUCCUUUUCCUAA